CAUGUUCUACAGCCUUGUUCCUUAAUGGUAAUCAUUACCAAAUGAGGAGGAAAGGACGAUGUCAUCGAGGCUCUGCAGCAAGGCACCCCUCUUCCCCGUGCAGUGUUAAACACUCCCCCACUCGAGAGACAUUAACGUACGCUCAAGCUCAGAGGAUGGUGGAGAUAGAAAUUGAAGGGCGCCUGCACAGGAUCAGUAUUUUUGAUCCCCUGGAGAUCAUAUUGGAAGAUGACCUCACUGCUCAAGAAAUGAGCGAAUGCAACAGCAAUAAGGAAAAUAGCGAGAGGCCACCUGUUUGCUUAAGAACUAAGCGUCACAAAAACAACAGAGUCAAAAAGAAAAAUGAAGCUCUCCCCAGUGCCCAUGGCACACCGGCCUCAGCCAGCGCCCUCCCUGAGCCCAAGGUGCGCAUCGUGGAGUACAGCCCGCCUUCCGCCCCCAGGAGGCCCCCUAUGUAUUACAAAUUCAUCGAGAAGUCGGCUGAGGAGCUGGACAACGAGGUGGAGUAUGACAUGGACGAGGAGGACUACGCCUGGCUCGAGAUCGUCAACGAGAAGCGCAAAGGCGACUGCGUCUCUGCGGUGUCGCAGAGCAUGUUUGAGUUCCUGAUGGACCGCUUUGAGAAGGAGUCGUACUGUGAGAACCAGAAGCAGGGCGAGCAGCAGUCCCUGAUCGAUGAGGACGCCGUGUGCUGCAUCUGCAUGGACGGGGAGUGUCAGAACAGCAACGUGAUCCUCUUCUGCGACAUGUGCAACCUGGCCGUGCACCAGGAGUGCUACGGGGUGCCCUACAUCCCCGAGGGCCAGUGGCUCUGCCGUCACUGCCUGCAGUCCCGGGCCCGGCCGGCCGACUGCGUGCUUUGCCCCAACAAGGGCGGUGCCUUCAAAAAGACAGACGAUGACCGCUGGGGCCAUGUGGUGUGUGCCCUGUGGAUCCCGGAGGUUGGCUUUGCCAACACGGUGUUCAUCGAGCCCAUCGACGGCGUGAGGAACAUCCCCCCAGCCCGGUGGAAACUGACGUGCUACCUCUGCAAGCAGAAGGGCGUGGGCGCCUGCAUCCAGUGCCACAAGGCGAACUGCUACACGGCCUUCCACGUGACGUGCGCCCAGCGGGCCGGCCUCUACAUGAAGAUGGAGCCCGUGAAGGAGCUGAGUGGUGGCAGCACCACCUUCUCCGUCAGGAAGACCGCCUACUGUGACGUGCACACGCCUCCGGGCUGCACCCGGAGGCCGCUGAACAUUUACGGGGACGUUGAGAUGAAAAACGGUGUUUGUCGGAAAGAGAGCUCAGUCAAAGCAGUCAGGUCCGCAUCUAAGGUCAGGAAGAAAGCAAAAAAGGCUAAGAAGGCGCUGGCUGAGCCGUGCGCCGUCCUGCCGGCCGUGUGUGCUCCUUACAUUCCUCCGCAGAGAUUAAAUAGGAUUGCGAAUCAGGUGUCCAUUCAGCGGAAGAAGCAGUUUGUGGAGCGAGCCCACAGCUACUGGUUGCUCAAAAGGCUGUCUAGGAAUGGCGCCCCCCUGCUGCGGCGGCUCCAGUCCAGCCUGCAGUCCCAGAGAAACACGCAGCAGAGAGAAAACGACGAGGAGAUGCAAGCCGCCAAAGAGAAGCUCAAGUACUGGCAGCGGCUGCGGCACGACCUGGAGCGUGCCCGCCUGCUGAUCGAGCUGCUGCGCAAGCGGGAGAAGCUCAAGCGCGAGCAGGUGAAGGUGGAGCAGGUCGCCAUGGAGCUGCGGCUGACCCCGCUGACCGUGCUGCUGCGCUCGGUCCUGGACCAGCUGCAGGAGAAGGACCCUGCGAGGAUAUUUGCCCAGCCCGUGAGUCUGAAGGAGGUACCAGAUUAUUUGGAUCACAUUAAACAUCCCAUGGACUUUGCCACAAUGAGGAAACGGUUAGAAGCUCAAGGGUAUAAAAACCUCCAUGAGUUUGAGGAGGAUUUUGAUCUCAUUGUAGAUAACUGCAUGAAGUACAAUGCCAGGGACACCGUGUUCUAUAGAGCCGCGGUGAGGCUGCGUGAUCAGGGAGGUGUUGUUCUGAGGCAGGCCCGGCGCGAGGUGGACAGCAUCGGCUUGGAAGAGGCCUCGGGGAUGCACCUGCCCGAGCGGCCCGUCGCGGCCCCUCGGCGGCCUUUCUCCUGGGAAGACGUGGACAGGUUGCUGGACCCAGCCAACAGAGCCCACAUGGGCCUGGAGGAGCAGCUGAGAGAGCUGCUGGACAUGCUUGACCUCACCUGCGCCAUGAAGUCCAGCGGCUCGCGGAGCAAGCGGGCUAAGCUGCUCAAAAGAGAAAUUGCUCUUCUUCGAAACAAGCUGAGCCAGCAGCACAGCCAGCCCCCAGCGGGGUCAGGUACUGGAAGCUUUGAAGAGGACGGUGCUCCGCUGGGGCUGGAGACGGGCGAGGAAGGAGAUAAAUCUCCCCCUAAACUUGAACCAUCAGAUGCAUUACCUCUUCCUUCAAACUCGGAGACUAAUUCAGAACCACCAACCCUCAAACCAGUAGAACUCAACCCAGAGCAGACUAAACUAUUCAAAAGAGUCACAUUUGAUAAUGAAUCACAUAGCACUUGCACUCAGAGCGCACUGGUAAGCGGACACCCUCCAGAGCCCACCCGCGCCAGUAGUGGCGAUGUGCCGGCGGCGGCCUCCGCGGUGGCGGAGCCAUCAAGCGAUGUAAACAGACGCACUUCUGUUCUCUUCUGCAAACCGAAAAGUGUAAGCCCCCCAAAGUCUGCCACGAACACUGAAACCCAGCCAACUUCUCCUCAGCUAGGGACCAAAACCUUUUUGUCUGUAGUCCUUCCGAGGUUGGAGACUCUUCUGCAGCCAAGGAAAAGGUCGCGGAGCACAUGUGGAGACUCCGAGGUGGAGGAGGAGUCCCCGGGAAAGCGCCUGGACACAGGUCUCACCAAUGGCUUUGGGGGCGCGCGGAGCGAGCAGGAGCCGGGCAGCGGCCCGGGGAGGAAAGCCGCGCCCCGACGUCGCUGCGCCUCCGAGUCCAGCAUCUCUUCCAGCAACAGCCCGCUCUGCGAUCCUAGUUUUAGCGUGCCCAAGUGUGGGCGAGGCAAGCCUGCCCUCGUGCGCCGGCACACGCUGGAGGACCGGAGCGAGUUGAUAUCCUGCAUUGAGAACGGGAACUACGCCAAGGCGGCCCGGAUCGCAGCUGAGGUGGGUCAGAAUAGCAUGUGGAUUUCCACCGACGCGGCGGCCUCUGUCCUGGAGCCCUUGAAGGUGGUGUGGGCCAAGUGCAGCGGCUACCCCUCCUACCCGGCACUGAUCAUCGACCCCAAGAUGCCACGAGUACCUGGGCACCACAACGGCGUCACCAUCCCAGCCCCGCCCCUGGACGUGCUCAAGAUCGGAGAGCACAUGCAGACCAAGUCCGACGAGAAGCUGUUCCUCGUUCUGUUUUUUGAUAACAAGAGAAGCUGGCAAUGGCUUCCCAAGUCCAAAAUGGUUCCCCUGGGUAUUGAUGAGACGAUAGACAAGUUAAAGAUGAUGGAGGGGAGGAACUCCAGCAUCCGGAAGGCCGUGCGCGUCGCCUUCGACCGUGCCAUGAAUCACCUGAGCCGCGUCCACGGGGAGCCGGCCAGCGACCUCAGCGACAUCGACUGACGCGGCUCCGGGAGGCGGCCCCGGGCCUCGGGUCCUGUCCAUAGUGUGGAUAGCUGUACAUGUCUGUAUAUUGUUCAAAACUUAACUUAUUCUGAUUUUUAGUCGUAGCUUUCAUUCUUUUUCCCCGGGGGAGGGGGGCGGUUUCAGUUCCCGGUUUUCUAUGAGACAUCUCGUCCGGCACUGUGGGGUGGGCGGCCGUGUCCGGCCGCGGUGUGGGCGCGCGCCACGGGGGUGCUGCUGUGUCACUUUCUUUGAUUUGUAGCUUUUUUUAAAAAGACUUUUGAAUGUUUAAUAAUUUUGUAAAUCAUACUCUUUACACAGAGUACCACUUAUUUAAUAAGACGGGAUGUACAUUUACAAUGACAAAUGUGUAUUUUAAGAAAGAAAAUGACAUUAUUUUGAUGGUACUUUGUGGAAGGAGCUGAGAGUGAGUCUGUGCCGUGUGCAUCGCUUGCGAGUCACCAAAAACACCCGCUGUGCCGGCCCCGCCCAGCCCCACGGUGCGCCCAGCGGGUUAUUUAUUGUAGAAAGUGUAUCCAUUUGCUUUAUAAUGAGAAAUAAACUUGCAAAGGUGUAUCGACAUGCGUUUUUAUACAGGCACCUGCAGAGGGCUCGGGUGGGGCGGGCGUGCGCGCCGGGGCCCGGGCCCGUGCGUACUUUGAUUUUGUAACUUGUAAUCUUUUGUUUACAAUGAGGGCCUUUCUGUAACUCGUUUUAAUUUAGAACACUUUGGUAGCAAUAGAAACUUUGGAUACAUUUUUGUAUGGUACCUGUGAUGUAUAUAGAAUUAGUACUUUAUUUUUAUUUUUAAGAGGUAAAGCAUUAUGUUAGGGGGGAAAAGUGGGCGGGUUUCCAAAUUUGCAUUUUUUAUAUUAAAAAUAAAGUCAAGAUUUGGA